CCUCCCUGCGCGGUGCGGGGAGCGGCGGAGAGGCGGAGGGGGGCUCCCCUGGGGGGACAAAGAGACCCUGCGGUCUGCCCGAGCAGCACCCCCCCAGCCCCUGAAAAAGGCCCGUGUCUCAUCCCCCGCCGGGAAGAGGCCGGCUCUCCCGGCAGUGAACCCCGGGCAGGCGGAAGAGAGGCCGGGCCUUGGCGCGGCCGCUCCCGACCCGGGCCCGCCCGGCCGCCCCGGCUCCUGUGGGCAUGGCGGCGACGGGCGGCGGCGGUGGCGGCGGCAGGGCCUGCUUCGUGCUGGGCGCCUCGGGGGCGACGGGUCGGGCGCUGCUGCGGGAGCUGCUGUCCCGGCGGCUCUUCGCCAGGGUGACGCUGGUCGGGCGGCGCCGGCUGAGCCUGGACGAGGAGACGGAGGCGGCCGUGGAGCAGGCGGUGGUGGACUUCGAGCGGCUGAGCGAGCACGCCGCCGCCUUCCAGGGACACGACGUUGGCUUCUGCUGCCUGGGCACCACCAGGGCCAAGGCUGGAGCGGAUGGCUUUGUCCGCGUGGACCGGGAUUAUGUCGCGCAGGCGGCCGAGCUGGCACGGGCAGGGGGCUGCAAGCACUUCGUCCUGCAGUCCUCCCAAGGGGCAGACCAUCAGAGUCGCUUCCUCUACCUCCGUGUGAAGGGAGAAGUGGAGAACCUGGUCCAGGCUGUUGGGUUUGACCGCUGUACCAUUCUCCGGCCAGCGGUGCUGCUGUGCAAGCGCCAGGAGUCUCGCCCGCUGGAGUGGAUGGCCCAGCAGUUUCUGGGUGUUGUGGCUUGUUUCUUCCCCACCGCUUACUCGGUGCCUGUGGAAACGGUGGCCAGGGCUAUGGUGGCCAGUGUGCUGCAGCCGGGCAAGGGGAAGGUGGAGGUGCUGGAGAACGUGGCCAUCCACGCGCUGGGAAAGGCAGCGCCACUGCAGGGCACGUAGAGCAAAAGGGAAGGGCAGGAAAGAGCUUGAUUCACCAUGCAGGUGCUCUUCAGGGGGGAGGAUGAAUGCACCUGUGGGAGAGGAGUGGGAUGCUUGCAUGGGUAAUGUGGAGGUAGAGGUGCACUUUGCAUGGCAGCUGGUUCUAGCAAGCAAUCAAAAAUGAGGUGCUGGCUGGUGGGUGAGGAGAAACAAUGUGCUGUGCUGCCCGAAUCCAGCACACAAAUUCGGGUAAAAGUGGUUAAUCCAGGCAAUUUCUUGAAUUCAUGUCUUAAAUAAAUCCUAUGACUGGUCUGUUUGUGCUAA